UUCUUUCGCUGCGCGCAUAUUAUCGCAAAACGUUACGCUUAGGAUUAAAGAUGCUCUCUCUGGCCAGAGACAUUUAAUAUCAUCCAAAAUGGCUGCAUCCAUAUAUGCCACCCCACCGCCAGAUCUGAGCAGCGAGGACACUGCUCUCUCCGACGUCUCCAACUCAUCGACACUCAACACGAACAGGAACAACCACACCAGCGGCGACAACAGCAACAAUCCACAUGAAGCCGCAGGAGCAACACCCACAGCCACGUCAGCCACAACCAGAGGAGCAACAGGAGCAGGAGGAGUGGACAGCUCUUCACCCGUCGCCCAUUUGGUGCCGGCAAUGGAGCUGGAACUGGAGCCGAAGCCAGCGGGAAGCGGAGCAAAUGAGGCGGACCAAUUGGAGGAGGCGGCGGAGGAUGGGCGCAAGGAUGUGGAUGCGGAGGAGGAGGCUGGCGAUGCCAACAUGGCCACCAUGGCGGCAGCCAUGCAGCUGCAGAUCCUGGAGGCCCUGAGUGAUGCGGCCAAGAAGCGACGCAAGCAGCACAAUCCCAGUCGCUUGGAAGCUCUCAAUUUGAGUGGAGAACCCACUGGUGAAGUGGGUCAAAAGAAUGCAGACUCCUCCACCUUGGACUUCGAGGAGAAGUUGUCGAAGAUGUUCCUUCCCAAGUCGAUUGAGCAGCUAAAGGAGACCUUCGAAAUGCUGCAGCACCAGAAACAAGCAGAGGGGCAACCGGAAACGGGAGAGGAAACGGAAGCGGAAGCCAUGGCAGACAUAUCAGAAUCCACCAAGCAGCGCGAGAACCCAUACCACACUUACUGCAAGCAGUGCGGCGAGAGUUUCGAGACCGAGUUCAAGUUGAGCCUGCACAUGCUGCAGGAUCACGGCGAGGAAAGGUCCGGCGAUCAGGAUCCCGCUGACUUCCUGGCCUCCAUCAAGGUGAAGCUGGAGCGCGCCGACAUACCCAGUCCGCAGCAGGAGCAGAAUCUGCAGCACGACCUCACCAAUGGUCAUGGCAAGGACUUGGAGCGGGAGCAGGAGCACUGGUUCCAGGCCAUGCAGGCGCAGCACCACCCACACGGGCCGCAAAUGCCGCCUGCCUUUCCCUUUCCACCAGAGGCAGCCUUGGGACCAGCUGGCUACCUGCCACUGCUCGGCAUGUCCGGGUUUCCAGGCGUGGAUGGCCUGAACCGCCCUCCACUGAGGAUCUUCAAUCCCGAGGCCUACUGCGAGCUGUGCAACAAGGAGUUCUGCAACAAGUACUUUCUCAAGACGCACAAGGCCAACAAGCACGGCAUCUUCGAUCCCGUGGGCGAAUCCAGCACCAGCAACUCCUCCAGUCACCACAAUAACAACAACAAUAGCAUCACCAGCAGUAACAACAAUAACAGUGGUCACCCCAAUCCCAGCAUGAGUUCCAUGAGCCAAAUGUUCCAGCUGCAACGGGAGGCCCAAGUGCCGAAACAGGAUCCCACACCAGCUGGCGGAGCAUCGAAUCCCGUGGCCUCAGUGCACUGCGACAUCUGUUCCAAGCGUUUCACCAACAUAUUCGCCAUGCGUCGCCACCGGGCCAAGCAGCAUGAGGCACCACCAGUGGCCCAAGUUUCACCCAACUCCCAGGCACCCAUGCAAUCGCAAUCGCACAGGGGAAGUCCCAACGAGCCACCACAGCCGACUAUAAAGCAGGAAAUGUCACAGGAAGCGGAGAUCAAGCCGUAUCAAUUGCCCGAGGGUUUCCGCGAAGACUUCACCCUGGAGCAGGAGGAGCUGAGCUUUGUGCCGCCGCCACGAAAGUUGCCCUCCCAUCUGCAGCAGCAGGCGAAGGACUCGAACUUCAAUCCGGACAAGCUACGUCGCCUGGGCGUCCAGUUUCCCGACUUCUUCUGCGAGCUGUGCUACCGCGAGUAUGCCAAUCGGUACUUCCUACGCACUCACAAGUGGAAGCGCCACGGUCUGUUUGUGCCACCCGAAGACUUGGCUCUACAACCAGGUGGCAAGGAUGAAGCCCAGAUGGCGAGUGCUUGGCCCUUUAUGCCACUCAAUCUGAUGCUGGCCAAGGCAGCAGCAGCCACUAUGGAUCAGCAGGAGCAGGAACGCGAACCGGAUGCGGAAACGGAGUCAGAGCAGCCCAGUAAGAGGAUCAAGUUGGAGCAGGGACAGACACCGCCGGAGGGAUACGACGAGGAUAAGCUGAAUGGUUCGGUGGUGGGCCUGCAGAAUCUGCAGAAGCUGCAGUCCAUGUUGCAGCAACUGAACGACAUCAAUGGCAAACGCCCGCUACCCUGUCAUCUGUGUGGCCAGGAGCAGGAGAAUCAGUAUACCUUGAGGGCUCACUUGAUGACCGAGCAUGCUGGCCAGAUGCAACUGCCCAUGCCCAUACCGAUUCCACUGCCCGAUCAGCAGGGCCCACAUCCCAUGGCCAGUCUGUACCAUGCCCAGGGAAAUCCGCAUACUCCGCCGGCUCCGGGUGCCAGAUCCCCGCCAGGUUGUGAUCUGCGCUGCCAGCAGUGUGAUCGUGACUUUGCCACACCCCAGGAAUUCAAGCAACAUAUCGCCGAGGUGCACUUGGGCAGAAACGGAGGGCUGAGCGGAAGUCCGCUGCGCGAUGGUUUCUUCACACCCGAACGCCCAGUGGCGCCGUCAGCGGGCGGACCCGGAACCCCAACCGCUCCCGCUGGAAAUCGUCCACCUUAUACCCUAACACCCACGAGCAGCUACUGUGAGAUUUGCAACAAGGAGCUGUGCAACAAGUACUUCAUGAAGACCCACAUGCAGCGGAUGCACGGCAUCGAGAUCGAGAAUGGCGCCCAGAUCGGUGGCGUGGUGUGCAACAUAUGCAACAAGGAGCUCUGCAGCAAGUACUUCCUGCGCGUGCACAAGCACAACACCCAUGGCAUCAUCGAGGAGGGAUCCCCACUGCCACAACCAAGGGGUCAGAAUGGAGUCAAACUGGACGCAGCCGCCGCAGCAGCAGCAUCAGCAUCACAGCCAUCGCAAGCGCAGCAGGAUCAGGACCUCAAUGUCUCACCACCCACAGUGGAGGGCAGUGGCGGCAGUUCAUCCAACUCUGCCCACGAGGUGUGCCCACUCUGCUCUCGCCAAUUCCGCAGCUUCAAGUGGCUGCGAUCGCAUCUGAUGAACGAACACGGAACCGCCGGCGUGGAACGCCUCCGGGAAAUGGAAACUACCCAAUCCUCGACGCGCAGCAAGCCCAACAGUCCCACGCUCAAGAUUCCCAACGGAAGUGGCAGCAACCCAGGAGCAGCGGGUGCCGGAGCCGGAAAUACCGCUCCCAAUCUCGCCCAGGCACUGCAAAAUCUCAAUGCCCAGCAUCUCUUUGGCCAAAUGCAACAGCAGCAGAUGCCCAAGAUGCCGCCGCUUCCAUUGCCCGCAAUGUUUGGCGAACAGGCGGCCAGGUUCAAGGAGUACCAGUGCUCACUGUGUCCCUUCACCACGCCCUACUACGCCUUCUUGUUCAUCCACGAGCGAUCGCAUGCUCUGCUCAACAACGGCGGUGAGGGCAUGGAGUUGCCCAUGGAGACGCCGCCACCACAACCCACUAGAAGUUCGGGUAAAUCACGCAGUAAGUCCAACAAAUCCGUGGUGGCACCUCCGCCUAGCAAGUCCGAGGAAACAGAGCCCAUCCUGGAGCCCACCAAUCUCAGCACCUCAGCGCCAAAGGUCGCAUCUCGUUCGCCCUCAACUGGGGCAGGAUCUCCUCCCGCCUCCUCUCCAAAGGCAACCAGCUCAACUUCGCCCAAGAUUCAACGCCGUCGAUCCACCUCCAAGCCACCAACGACGCCAAACGCACUGGGCAGCACAACCGGCGGCCAUCGGUCGGCGGCCACCUCGCCCUUUGAGGGCUGCGGGGAUUUGGCCAACGGCACUGGCAAGCCGGCCAGCUAUGCCCAGCCGGAUGGGGCAGAGGAAGCAUAUCAGAUGCAGGCCUUCCACCUGCAGCCCGCCGACGCGGACUCCGAGAUGCAGUUCGCACCUGCCCUGGUGUACCUGCCCGUCCGCGUUCGCGCUUCGGAGUCGGCCACGCUCAGCUUCCGGCUAACACCUGCCUAAAGGUGCCACAUGCAACAGGUAUAGUGUUGCCAGCGUAAGUUCAACCCAUAGAAACCAAAACAAAGAAGCCCCACAAAGUCACGGGAUUGGGACACUCUAAAGAAACUUUUGCUCUUUUAAAUCAAUGUCUGUCUUAAACUCCAAGAUAUGCUAAGUACUUUCAGCGUUUUUAAGAUGAAAGCAAAUCCAUGAGUGUUCCGAUCCCAGGAACUCCCACACCCCCCACUAAAUAGUUAAGCAAACGAAGUUAGGAACUUGAAAAAGACAAAAUAGUGGAACUACAAAAGACUGAGUGCGCAUAUUAGUUGAGCUCAUUAUUAAUCUUAAAUAUAUACAAAAUCCAUAACACAACAAUCGAUCAAUAUCUAAGCCCAAAAUCGAGCCCAAAAUUCGACCAUGUCCAACAUGGCGCUGAUCAAAUCUACAGCCUAUAAAACACAAGAAGAACAAGUCCGUUUCAGCUGGCAGCACUGUGCUAAUCAUCAAAAUAAGAUAUAUACAUAAAUAUAUAUAUAUUUUGAUAGACGCAUGACAGAGCAUUAACCAUAACAUACCGCAACCUAUAACAUACAUAUAUCUCUAGUGAUUAACUAUCAAAGUUCCUAUGCGUAAUAGUAAUCUAUCGCAAACGAGUUGCAGAAGAUGAGAGAAGAGGGGAGGAGAUGGUCAGAGGAAUCUAAAUACGUACAUAGAUUAGGCGAGGGGAAGGCAGAGAGUGGAGGGUCCAUACCCAUUCAAGGAAGUACCAUAUAUACCACUUAGAAGGAAUAUAUAUCGUAGUAGCGGCAUAAAAUCAAAAUUACAAUUAUACAUUUCUCAACUAGAUAUGAGGUGGGUUUGUCGUGCUUAGAUUAGGACUAAUCGGUCGCGGGGAUCGAAACAUAUAUAUGGCGUAUUAAAAAUGCUAUGGUAAAGCUUCAGCACAAACAAAUUGCUCAAAAUCAAAAUCAAAAUGAAAACCCUUAUAGCGAAGACUACACUUUUAGGAUGUUUUUAAACAAUGGCCCUGGAGAGCUUCACUUCCUUUAAAUAUCCCCUAGAACACACUCUUACAUUAGCCGUAUCUGAACCAAGUUAUAUCCAAGGAAAUGUCUUCACUAAAGCAUAAUAAUUCCAGCGCACAAUGUGUACAUAUAAAGUUGUUAAAGAUAACACCAUGAAAGUUCAGAUUUUGGGUAGUCAGAUAGAUGAAGGGGAAACCAACGCCAGAAGGUAAAAUUUAAGAACAUUUAAACAACUCAGGGCAAAAGUACAAUGACCAUUAGUACUUUUUUAUACAAACAUAUUUAGAGAAACAAAAAACCAAAAACCAAAAGCAUACGCAAGUAAAAUAUUACCAUAAUAAUAAAUUAAAUAUAUUAUGAAACGUUAAAAAGAUAACAAGAAUGCUACCUCAGACGGACUUGAAAACAAUAAUUUAAAUAAAAUGAAUUUAUAAAGAAAAUCUACGAUUGAAACCAUUGAAACCCUUCAAGCUAAAUCUAAUUUCAUGUAGUUACAAGACUUUACCUCAAACAGAAUUACACUUUACUUUAUUCUUUAAUAAUAAUACUUUAUUCUAAUAUAUAUCCUAUGAUUUAUUUAUCCAUUAUGCAUUCUAAGUUAAAACAUUCCAAAGACAAGAACUAGUCGCAUAAACGAAAACCAAACCAUUCUAGUCAAACGGUUAAGAUAAAAAUAGUUUUAAAUAUUAAACAGGAAGCCAAAACAGAUCCAUCAACUCUUCAGUUUUGGGUGACGAUUCUCGCAGAUUAUUUUUUAGUGUUUAAGAAUUUGUUCUUUGGCGAGAAGAGUUGCCCGAAAUGAGUUGAAUGAUCCGUGAAGAAUUUGGGUCGGCGAAGAACUAUUUGCUAUAUUCAAAAUUUCCUCUUUUAAAAACGUGUGUUUUUUAAAAUGCUGCGUGCCUUUUAGCAAAUACUUCGCCGAGUCCACAGCACCAAAAAUUUGAAU